UUUCUCCGUUCCCCUUCCAGAUAUCCCAGUAAGUCCCAUUUCUUCUUCUUGCCAGUAACGCCGCCCGCCGCCGCACCCCCAUGGAGUGUGCCUCUGCCUUCCUCGCGCGCCCCCUCGCCUCGUCGCUCGCUGCCUCCGCCCUCCCCCGCGCCUCCCACCGCCCCAGCCGCGUGGCCGUCGCCGCGUCCGCGUCGGAGCGGAAGCCGCCGGGCGCGGUGGCGUCGAUCACCAACUACGUCGUGCCGCUCGACGCCGCGCCGUCGGGGAUCACGCGCCCGCUCGUAGAGAUCCUCCGCGACCUCAACAAGCGCGUCCCGGACACCAUCGUGCGAUCCCCCUCCCGACGCGCCUCCGCCUCCGAUCCCGUCAUUCCAUGGUACCAUGCCAACAGGAUGCUCAGCUUUUAUGCUCCAGGUUGGUGUGGAGAGGUCCGUGAUGUUAUUUACACUGACAAUGGAAAGGUGACGGUGGUAUAUCGAGUGACAGUACGUGGAACAGAUGGAGAGGUUCAUAGGGAGGCCGCUGGAACAGCAUCGCUGAAUGAUGCACGGUUUGAUGAUCCUGUGGCCGCAGCAGAAGAAGCCGCAUUCUGCAAAGCCUGCGCAAGGUUUGGUUUUGGCCUGUAUCUGUACCAUGAAGACGAGACACCAUAAAGGACCAACAUUUCUCCCAUCUUCUGCUUGGUCUCUCGCCAGAUUUGCGUUCUAGAGGCUGUGGUUGAUCAGUGUAUCAGAUACCGUCCAAGCUGGCCAAACCUGUAUCCACUCUGUAGAGAGAUGGCGCAUGUAUCAUCUCCAUGCUGCACUGUAAAUAUGAGGCACAUCAAGUUACCCUUGUUAUUUGGCACUUGAGCUGUUGUAUAACGUUGGCGCGAUAAGAGUUGCAUUUGAUUGGGGAUCA